AUGAUCUAUACCUUUGUUGCAGAGAAUGGAAUGAGCCUGGCGCGACCACUUCAGAGAUGAGAUCCUGACGAGGCAACAGAACGGAUAUCCCGCCGUCGCGAUGGAGCCGCCACUCACGAGCAAGGUUCUGCGGGCUCCGAAUCUGAAGAGGGGCCAGGAGAAUAUCAGGAUACAGGAUAGGAUCAAGCUGGAACGCGUCCUGGGCGUAACAGUCUCCAGCAAUGCAGCCCUGGACUGCGACGCGACGAGCGAGCUGGUCGCUUAUCCGGCCGGCUGCACCGUCGUGCUGUUCAAUCCACGUAGGAACAGCCAGGCGCACGUGCUGAACGCCUGUCGUAAGACUGUGACUUCCUUGGCGCUCGCGGGAGACGGCAAGCUUCUGGCCACCGGCGAAUGCGGUCACAUGCCGAACGUUCGUGUCUGGGACAUCUCCGAUCCGCACAAUGCCGUGCAGAUCGCAGAAUUCUCCGGACACAAGUACGGUAUCAACUGUGUGGCAUUUUCGCCCAGCAACAAGUACGUCGUCUCGGUCGGCUCGCAGCACGAUAUGAUCGUCAAUGUCUGGGACUGGAGGAGCAAUGUUAAGGUCGCGUCCAACAAAGUGUCCAGCAAAGUAAAGGCAGUAUGCUUCGCGGAAAACGGCAACUAUUUCGUUACCGUGGGCAACAGGCACGUCAAGUUUUGGUACUUGGAGUACUCGCGCAGCGCCAAGUACAAGGAACCUGUGCCUUUGAUGGGCCGAUCUGCCAUAUUAGGAGAGCAGAGGAACAACGAUUUCGUUGACGUAGCCUGCGGCAGGGGGGAAAUGGCGGAUUCUACGUAUGCGAUUACCAAAACGGGUCUGCUGUGUGAAUUUAACAACAGGAGACUCUUGGACAAAUGGGUCGAGCUGCGAACGAGUAGCGCCAAUUGCAUGGCGGUCGGGGAUAAGUACAUCUUCAUCGGAUGUGCCGAAGGGAUCGUGAGGUGCUUCAGUCCCAGCACGCUUCAAUUCAUCACCACGUUACCCAGGACGCAUUAUCUGGGGGUCGACGUCGCACAAGGCUUGUCCAUCAGUCACAUGUCCCAGCACCCACCCGAGGCGAGGUAUCCGGACGCGAUCGCGUUGGCGUUCGACGAGCGCAACAACAAGCUUACUUGUGUCUACAACGACCACAGCAUCUACGUUUGGGAUGUAAGGGACAUCAGGCGAGUUGGCAAGUCACAUUCGUUCCUAUACCAUUCGGCCUGCAUCUGGGGCGUCGAGAUGUAUCCGGCCGGUCCAGACUGCAUCGGCGCCAUGCCGGCUGGCAGCUUCAUCACUUGCUCCAGCGACGACACAAUAAGAGUCUGGAAUCUGGAGAAGGACAUCUCGUCGAACGAUACCUUGUACAAACGAAAUAUUUACAGCAACGAAUUGCUCAAGGUACUAUACGUCGAUCCGGAGUUGACUUACCUGAAGGACCUGGACCUGGCUGCGGCCGGAUCCACGGAGAAGAGCGACGCGUCUUACGACGGCCGUAACGGCGUGAGAUCGAUAAGGGUCGGUCCAGACGGCAAACACCUCGCUUCCGGCGAUAGAUCUGGCAACAUUAGAAUUCACGACGUCUCGUCGCUCGAAGAGCUGUGCUUAAUAGAGGCGCACGAUGCCGAGGUGCUGUGCCUGGAAUACUCGAGGUUCUCGCGGUACUCCGUGGACGCCCCGAGGCUGUUGGCGAGCGCGUCGCGGGACCGCCUGAUACAUGUCUUCAGCGUGGAUCAGGGAUACAAUUUCCUGCAGACGCUCGACGAUCACAGUUCUUCCAUUACUGCCGUCAGAUUUUUCAAUCAAACGAAUCAGGGUAAUCAAAUACAGAUGGUGUCCUGCGGCGCCGAUAAGAGCAUUAUUUUCAGACAGCUGCAAUCGACACCAGGAGGAAUGCCACAGUUCGCGAGAGGUCACAACGCCCAGGGAAAGACUACUCUGUACGACAUGGAGGUCGAUUCCGGGCAAAAGCACGUGUUAACUGCCUGCCAAGAUAGAAAUAUUAGGGUUUACAAUGUUACUACGGGUAAACACAGCAAGACUUUCAAAGGUUCCGUCGGCGAGGACGGCUCGUUGAUCAAAGUCGUCUUAGACGCGUCCGGUAUUUACGUAGCUACCUCAUGUACAGACAAGACGCUGUGUGUGUACGAUUAUUACAGCGGGGAGUGUAUGGCCACUAUGGUCGGUCACUCGGAACUGGUGACGGGUCUGCGUUUCAGUCCGGAUUGUCGUCACCUCGUGUCCGCGAGCGGCGACGGCUGUGUAUUCGUGUGGCGCGUUCCGCACGACAUGGUCGUGACUAUGCAGGCUCGUCUCGCACAGCAAGCGAUGCGCGCCGGCAAGAAACCACCUCAAGUGAACGGCGGCGGAAUCGAGGUACAGCUGGACAACGAGACCUUCGGGCCGCCCCCACCGGAAUUCCUGGAUCCUAACGCAAACCCGACGCCGCCGAACGUCAUCGGUGUGGAUUACCGAUUCAGCGUGGGUCAGUUACCGCUGUGGGCGAAGAAGCAGAUAAACACUGCGGCGAGCAGCGCGGACGACAGCGGCGCGGCGCUCGGCUCGAACGUCAGGUCGCUCGGUGUCGAUCUGCCGAAGGGAAGAUGGGCGCAACGAGUUCAGCAGGGCGACGGUAUCACCGUCAAGUCCGUGUACGACAGCGACGAGGUUAUACCGUUUCCUCCGUCGCGCAGCGCCAUCGAUUCCGACGGUGGUGGCGGCGGCGGUGGCUCCAAGGACAGCUCCAUCGACAGCGGCACCGAGACGAAAUGCAGCAGCGACUAUCGUCGAGAGACGAUGAUCAUCAAGAGGGAAGAGGAGGAAAGCGUUUUUCAACCUUGUACGGAAAGUUAUAGAGAGAUAGAAAGCGAAGCGAAACAGGCGAUUGAUGGUAAGGUGACUGUAAGAAGUAGCAAUAUCACGGAAUUGACACGUCAAUCGAGGAGUCGUCAUCACACCGACGAUAGCAGUCUUGGCAGCUUUAAGUUCGAGGAUCACGAGAGCACGGAGCACGACGGCGACGUCGAGGACUAUUCCGAGGGGGAAAAUGGAACGACCGGUUCGGAGAAGUCGCACCAUAGGUUAAUGUAUUAUCCGCCGCCAGAAGACAUCGUGUCGAAUCAAUUCACCGUUAACGCGAUGGACGUCGAGGAACUCCGAAGGUCGCAAAGGCGGCAAAAGAGAUUAAAGAACGCGGAGAACGGUCGGACGAGCGAAUUGACUGCGUCUGGCAGUCAGGACGAGUCCGACUCGGAAGGAGGAGCGUCGACUCCAAGCGCCGAGAGAAACCCACUGUCAAUGUUGUCCGAGGCUAGCUCGGAGGGCUUCGAUCAGCUCGCCAAGCAGAGUCAUAGGGAGAAGUACUUGAAAAACGCCUUCGAGUCGCUCAGUGGAGCGGAAGAGCCGCCGAAUCGCGUAAAAGCUACGAGCAUUAGUUCGCAAUUUCACGGAAGGCUCAGCGGCGGUACUGAAGGCAACGUCGGCGCCAAGAUCCGCAACGCGGCAGUAGUUAAUGCCACGAAGCACGCGAGAGGUGACGCCGACGUAGUGAAGAAGCGGGAGGAGUUGCAGAGGAGAAUAGAGGAGACUAGGAGAAAACUGCAAAGUGUCGGCUAUAGAUCGUCAUUGAAAGCCAGCCAGAGCAUAUCUGACCUGAGCAGCCACAUACCGGAGAAGCAUCAUCGUUCGAACAGGCUCAGUACAGGUAAUCGAUCCAGUCAGCAAAAUCAAUUCUCACAAUCGACUAAUCCCUGCAAACCUACGUUAAACCCAAAGCCCGCGCUUAAACCCCAGCAACUCAUUAACAAGAUACAAGGUGUGGGGAAUGCAUUGUCUAAGCUAGAAUUGCCGAGCGAUAAUAAUUGCCUGUCCAAAAGUCCGACUGCGACCAAGCCAACUCUCAGCCGUCCGUUAACGUUGACACUAAAGAAAACUGAAAAGUAUAAGCUGUCGUUGAACAAGACUAAUCAUCAGUCUUUACCCGAGUCGCCCGUGUGCGAGGAGCUGAAACUGCUGAAGGAGCAAUGUAAGAAGGACGUGAGUCGCUUCGCGAGAUUCGCGCAGAAGCGGAGAUCGUGCAGCUACUUCAUCGGUCUGGACGACAACGAGGAGGACAUGGAGAACAUCGCGAAGUCAUUCGAGAGCCUGCCCGCCAUGAACGAGCGUAACCUGGAGAAUCUCAAAGAGAGCAUGGUGGACGACGGCGACGAGGGGAACGGUAAUUUCAGCGACGACUCGUUGGAGGGUGACUUCAAGAAUCCGCCACGACGUUGCGUCAGUGACUAUCAGAUAAAUAUCCGUGUGAACGACUACAGGAAUUACUCGAACUACCAGAAUUUCCAGAGGAGAAUCUUAUCCGGCUCGCAGGAGAGUAUACUCUCGGACGCGUCCGUGGAAUCCUUUUCCAAGGGAAGCGCCGAGAUCCUCGAUUACAACCAUUGCGACCCCGACCGGCAUUCGAGCGCGAGCUUCUUCCUGUCCCGACGGAAGAUGCAAGCCGGCAGAAGUCAGGACAGCAUAUUGACCGACGAGUCGGACUACCAGAUGUUCCCGUUGCGCGAGAACGCCGACCAUCGCAGCACCGAGAGCGUAUUGACGGACGAUUCCGACUCCAUGGUGAAGUCCGCGCCUCUGGAGAUGCUGUUCGACUCGCAUUACAAGCGCAAGCGGCAGAACUCUGAGACCUACAGCGGCAAUCCCAAUAAUAUCGUAGAGAUCUAUGCGGACAGCACGCGCAGCUCCGCCGACGAGGGCACGCUAUGCAGAGCGGUGUUCCGAUCCAAGUCCCUGCAGGACACGAGGAUCAACAACGCGAAGAACGACAUGAACUUCGCGGAGGACAGCAACAGAUCGCCGUCGAGGGCGCGCAUAUAUUACGAAUUCAACUCUGAUAACGACCACAAGGACGCCGUGAGCACGAACAUGUGCGAUAACUCGGAGACGAUCUCGCGCAGUAACAGCCUGAAGGUGCCCACGAAGCCGGAGUCGAUGAUGAUCCUCAACGAUUUCGUCGCUCACAAGCCGCCAAAGCCCAAAAGGAAUUCAUCGCGCACCCAGAGUAUGCGCAACCGAGCUCGACCGAGCUGGAAGUACAUCGACACGCCGUCAUUAUCGCCCGCUGCGAAGAGUUCCGAAGCCGACAAUUACAUCCCACCGUCCUCCGCGAGUCCGACUCAUCCAGAGCACCGGUUAGUUCGAUCGACCGAUCCACAGGCGAAACGAGACCACCCGAGCAGCUCAGAGACGAUCGAACAGUUCUUACAGUCUAGCUAUACAACACAAUCCGACGACGACAAGGACGGCAGGAACAAGUUCUUCAGUCUGCCAAGCCAUCGUAAUGACGGCAACGUCAACGUGCAAAGAGAGGUGGUACUGUACGACGACUCUCCGCAUCUAGCGAAGAAUCAUUACCUCGCGAGCAUCCACGAUGCUUCCGCCGUCGACGAGCCGAGCGCUUGUUCCGAGCAGGAGAGAAUCCGUUGCUUGGAAAACGAGAUUCCGACGAAGGAUACCGGCGAAGAUUACGACUCGUUGGAGACCAGCGGUACCCUGAAAAAUCUGCAACCGACGGAGUCGCAGUCGAGCGGCGCAGACUUUCGGUCCGCCGACGAGCGAAUCGACAACCUGGACGCGAGUGUCGACGUGAGGAUCACGCGCGCCAUCGAGGGUACGGUGAAGCUGCUCUCGAAGGAGUUCGAGAAUCUGGUGAGGCAGAAACAGUACUUCAUGAAGGAGCGCUGCUUGCGGCUGACGCACUGUCAGGAGACCAGCGAGAACUUCGCCAAGCUGGAAGCCGAGCGGGACGGCCGAUUCUACGCGAUCAAGCGCGAUCAGAUGCGCCUGCAUUCGGGCGGCGAGGACAGCGACUGCGCCGACCUGUCGGCGAUGGACAGGUCGCUGAUGGAGAGCGGCUCCUCCACCUCCGCCUCGAGCUGCACCAAUUCGCCAAAGAGAAUGUGGCCGCCCGCGUCGCGUUGUCAGAGUCACAUGAGGUGGACGAAAACCUUGCCGACGAUCAAUCAGGCGAUCCUACCCACGAAGUAUCCUUAUGCAGUUCCAGGGAAACUGGGAAGCAAGAACAUAAACGUCGCGUCCAGAACGGGAUCCGGGAGCACCAAUUCCAGCGGUCAGUCCAGACACAUCUUGGGCAAGAAUCACUCGACUCAUAUGACGAGAAGCAGCAGCGUCGGCGUCUUGAACCAAAGCGAUUCGGAGUCGGAUGCCGGCGGUGUAACGGGAGGAAGCAGAGGGUGGAACGGCCAGUCGGGCAACAGCAGGAUAAGUGGCCUGAUGAGGCCGACGAUCAGUUCGCAGAAUAAGAUCAAUCAUCAGAACAAGUCGAACUCGUCCGGCAGCAAUCUCCCGUCGGUUUUGAGAAGACGUGGAAUGCAGGGAGCUUUCUCGACCGUGAAUCUAAGUCAAGUGGGAAACCAAGAAGACUCGAGUUCGGAGGAUACCUCUUCGAAUGGAAAGCCGGCGCUACCACCGAGGCCUAGGAGUAUCAGUAUCGACCAUUCCUCUGCUAGCUUAAGUUUACCCGGUACGACGGUAAGAAGGUCCGGAUCGUCGACGAUUAUAACAAACGGUCGAGGUGGCGGCGGUGGCGGCAGUGGCGCCAGCGGAAUCGGGCAAAACGGAAGCGGCAGGAUGUCCACGACCAACAGGAACCAACUGGAGCCUAGUCCGCAUGAACUACCGGUCAAAGACACGGAUCGUGCCAUCGAUGUAGCUAGUGCCGAGUUAGGCACGGAUAAAGCAUUAGUGUCCACCCAGCUAUGCAACACGAUCGCGGACGAGCUCACGCGAACCGCGGACAACGUGGUGCAGCUGUACAAGCGUCUGACGAUCGACAACGACGACGAUCCGGCCGGCGGCGCAAUCGACAGGGACACGAUGCUGCGCGGCCUCGAGUCGUCCGUCAAUGAGACGAUGCGCACUCUGCGGCUGGUGGUGGCCGGCGCCGAGAAUCACAGUAACGACGUCGGCGAGAGCGUGAUGGCGAACGAGGCGACGGCGAAGUUCAAGGAGCUACUCGCCGGUCAGGAUCAGGGCAAGAUAGUCAGUAUGAUGCAGCAGUACUCUGAUCUGCUCUUGACGAUGAUGCAACAGAGGAUGGGAGGGACUCAGCCAAGUCACAUGUAAAAUCCGUCCAUCUGUGAGAAUCGAUCAAAGGGUAGGCUCGCCGUGGAGUUUGUCGGAAGGCGCUUCGACGAUAGCGCGCGAGGUCGACUGUUGUGUGCGCGUCAUGUAUGUGUGUAUCAUGUAUGCGUAUCAUGUGUGUGUGUGUGUGUGUGUCAUGUGUGUGUGUGUGUAUCAUGUGUGUGUGUAUUUCUCCUUUCAAACGGCGUAUUUUUGACACUUGUUCGUCUCGCGUCUAGGGCAGGCGGAGAAGCACGUUCCCGUUGCGAAAACUUGCAUACGUCGCGCAACGACGGUGUUCUUUCCUCCUCCAAAGUCGUCACCAAGCGACUAGAUUAUCUCCGCCUCUGAAAAGCGGACGUGAUUCGCGAUUCAUUCGUUCUCGUUAGGUCGAAAUUUGCCGUCUAUAUAUCGACGCGAUCCGAUAGCACAAAGUAUCCGACGCCGUCGAGAUUGCCUCCGCGCUGCGGUAGUAUGAGAGAGAGAGAGAGAGAGAGAGAGAGAGAGAGAGAGAGAGAGAGA